ACUCACUCAACCCAGCUCCUGCGCUGAUGCAAAGGUGGGUGCGUGAUGACAUCAUCACCGACUGGGCGUUGCAGGAAGUGGCAAACAAAGUUGAUAUCUGAAAAGGUGGAGCAGUGGGCAAGGAGAGCGAGACUGAACAGGCAGCUUUCAACCUUCUCUACAGCUUAAGGUUGCUGACUGAUUCUUCCUGUGUUCCUGCACACGCGUGACGAUCAGAGUGACCUACCAUGUCUCGUGUCCGCCAGCCCCCGCUGGUCACGGGCAUCUCGCCCAACGAGGGCACCUCAUGGACCAAGGUCACCAUCCGAGGAGAGAACCUGGGCACGGGUCCCGCUGACCUCGUUGGUCUGUCCAUAUGUGGUCACAACUGCUUGCUGACGGCUGAGUGGAUGUCAGCCAGUAAGAUAGUGUGUCGUGUGGGCCCAGCCAAAGACGAUAAGGGAGAGAUCAUCGUCAGCACCAAGUCAGGAGGCCACGGCACCUCCACCGUCUCCUUCAAACUGCUCAAGGCUGAGAAGAUCGGUAUUCUGGACCAGUCUGCUGUGUGGGUGGAUGAGAUGAACUAUUACGACAUGAGAACCGACCGCUACAAAGGCAUCUCCCCCCUCUCCCUACGCCCCAGCAAUCCGCUAGGCAUCGACUUUGACAAGGGUCAGGUCCCUCUGAAAGAUCUGGAGGCGUUGUUUCCAGGUGUGAGUGGAGAGUUCACCAUUGAGAACUUCUCAGCUACUUGGUACCUUAUCGAGAACCACUCUGUCACCAGUUUUGACCAGUUGCGUAUGGCAGCCAGUAACCUGAAGAAGCAGGCCACUAAGAAGAAUGAGGGUAGUCUGGCCUAUGUGAAGGGAGGCCUCAGCACCUUCUUCGAGGCUCAGGAUGCUCUCGCAGGGUUGACGGAACUUGGCUCUCAUGAUGCAGCUAUACACCAGAGGUUGGAGUCAGACGGGACAGAGAGGGUGGAAGGCUCCAUGACACAACGCCUGGAGAAUGUUCUCAACAGAGCCAGUGAUACAGCAGACACUCUGUUCCAGGAGGUGUUGGGGCGGAAGGAUAAAGCUGACUCGACGCGGAACGCCCUCAACGUCCUGCAGCGCUUCAAGUUCCUCUUCAACCUGCCGCUCAACAUCGAACGCAACAUACAGAAGGGAGAUUAUGACGUGGUGAUCAAUGACUAUGAGAAAGCCAAGUCUCUGUUCAGCAACACUGAGGUCUCGGUCUUUAAAAAAGUGUAUGCCGAGGUGGAGACGAGGAUCGGGGCUCUGAAGAUUCUGCUCCUGGACAAGCUACUGGAGACACCUUCAACCCUGCAUGACCAGAAGAGAUACAUAAGGUACCUGUCUGACCUGCAUGCAUCAGGGGACCCUGCCUGGCAGUGUAUCUCCGCCCAGCACAAGUGGAUCCUCGGACUCAUGCAGAACUGCAAGGAGGAGUUUAUCAAUUACCAGAGAGAGAGAGGGAUGAGAGCUGCUGCUGUUGAUCCAGUUGGCUUGGGGGCCAUAGCCCUGGAUCUAGAGGGGGACCCUCGCCCAUCGGCUUUCAGUAGGAUCAGGGACACAGCUCCUCUGAAUAAGGGGGGCAUCUUGCAUACCCCACGCCACAGCACCUGGCAUUAUGAGACACCCCAGCAGGUGCAGUUUGUGGAGAAGCUGUCGGACGUGGUGAUUGGCCAGCUCCCCAACUUCUGGAAGCUCUGGAUCUCCUACGUCAACGGCAGCCUCUUCAGCGAGACUGGAGAGAAAUCUGGCCAGGUUGAAAAGUCAAAGAAGAAUGCCAGGCAGAGACAGAACGACUUUAAGAAAAUGAUAGAGGAGGUGACUCAUCGCUUGGUGAAGCUGGUGAGAGGUGCUCUGCUCCCCUCCACCCUGACAGAGCUGGAGCUGAGAUUGUACGGUGGCUGGGAGAAUAAGACUGAGCUCACUGGACCCUGGCUCACUCAGGUCAUACACAUCGUUAGAAUAAUUUUUGAGGCUCUGGUAGCUCUCGAGAUCCCCAAUGAUCUACUGCAGGUGAUCCAGGAUCUAUUGUUAGAGCUGAGACACCACUGUCUACUGGUCACCCUGCACCACACCGCAGAGGAUGUCAAAAGGGUUGCAGAGAAAGAGGACUGGGUCGUAGACAAUGAAGGAAUCACCAGCCUGCCGGCCCAGUUUGAGCAGUGCAUGGUGCAGAUGCUGCAGUCACUCAAAGAACCCAUGGAGACCAAACCUGGGGAGGUCAAUAUCCUCCAGUUGGAUCAGGACCAGGCCUCAGAGCUCUGUAUGGACAUCAUAAAGGUGUUCAUCAACUGCUUGGAGCAGCUGAGCACUAAAACAGACAGAGACACCUCACGUUUGUCCGUGGACCUGGCCUCUCCAAACUUGUUCAGUGGCAUUCAGGAGGACUUCUGUCCAACACUGGAGCAGCGUCUGCUGAUCAUCCUCAGUAACUGCCAGUACCUGGAGAAACACACCUUCCUUAAUCUGGCUGAACACUUUGAGCGACACGGAUUCACCGGGACUGAGAAGAUCACACGGGUGACUGUACAUGCUGUGAAGGAGCUGGAUGAGAGUUUGUUUGAUUCCUACACCGAGAGGAAGUCUGAUCCCAUCGUAGGAUCCCUGGAACCAGGCAUCUAUGCUGGACACUUUGACUGGAGAGACUGCGGAACACCCACAGGUGUGAGGAACUACCUGAAAGAAGCAUUGGUGAACAUCAUCACUGUCCAUGCAGAGGUCUUUACAGUGUCUAAGGACCUAGUUCCCAGGAUUUUGAGUAGAAUCAUUGAGGCUGUGGCGGAAGAGAUGAGUCGCCUGAUGCAGUGCGUCUCCUCCUUCAGCAAGAACGGGGCCAUACAGGCCCGUUUGGAGAUAGAUUCUCUGAGAGAUGCUGUAGCCUCCUACCUGUCAUCUGAGAGCCACGCCAGCUUCAAGCAGGCUCUGGAGGUCCUUCCCCAGCUACACAACGGAGCAGACAAAAAGUUACUGGAGGAGCUGCUGAAUAAGUUUAAGAGCAGUAUGCAGCUCCAGCUCACCUGUUUCCAGCCCUCUAAUGUCCAGCCUGUCAAGAGAUGAGUCUGUAAAAUGUCUCUUCAACAUUAAUAUAAUGGCACUAUAGUAUCUCUAUCUAUCAAAUAUGUGCAAUGCCAAUUUACUUGCACCGAUAAACUCUCGUAGCUUUUUGUUAAAUUGUUAUAAGAUCUAGAAUGGAAAUUAGCACACUAGUCUUUUUCACGCUAAUCUCUUUUUUAAUCUCAGAUAUGUACAUUCAUUUUCUGAGUUAAUCUCAUAGUUCAUCUGGGCAGCCCCUCUACUGUGGAAUCAUGCUAAUUACGCUAUUGUUAGAUGGCCACUCAUCUAGAAAUCAGCAUCCCAGUCCCUUUUGUAGGCAAGCUAGGUCAUGCCGGCCUGGCGUUUGAGACAAGACUGUCUCUCUUCUACUGAGAAACCAGUCAACAUAUGUGGUCCCUGGUUUCUGUAUGUUCAUAAAGAAACUGCACACGGUCAUUAUUAUGCUCUGUCCUCUUAUUACCGUCGACGAUUGCCAAAUAAAAGACACAUUUAUAUUAUGUA